UUUAGAAGAUUGAUUGUUGUGUAUAUUUUUACACUUGUUCUCAUUUGUACAAAAUAUAAAAAAGAAUUCUAUACAUUUAUACAUUUUCUUAAAUAUAGACCAAAUACAAUUUUUAUAAUUUAUUUAAAAUAUUAAAUUUGGUUUCGGUUAUUUAUUUAAGAAUGUUAAUUUAUAUGGGUAUUAUUUAAUACUUUAAAUAAAAAAAAAAAAAAAUUGUUUUGUUACCAAACACAUUUUUAGAACCCGAUAAAUUUAUUUUAUGAACAUCUACAUAUAGUAAAACCUCGUUAAGAUGCUAUGGUUCAAUACGUGGAUUAUUUCUGUUCUUGGGUACCAGUGGAUCUUUUAGCAUACAAUAAUACACUCUUAAUGUGUAAUCCCGCAUAAUGUGAUGCGCUUUCUUUUCUUGCCUCUCAUACCUUAUAACUUUAAAAAAAUCCCCUUUAAUAUGUCGAUAAAAAUGGUGCUUAUCUAAAUCAAAAUUUCCCCCUCCCUCCAUGUUUUACAAAUGUACGUACUCUCUCCUGUGAAACUAUAAAGCUCAAAACCAUGGGUGGAUAACUAGAAAUUCGAUCAUUGGAUGGGUUCAACAGCUUAACCGUGAGUAAGUUAAACAGUAGAGAAAAGUCAUUUUAUUUGUAGGCAAUGUCUUGCUUAUCUGAAAGAAAUAUCCUUUAAAAUAUCAAACUUAUGUUUUUCCCGCCGAACACCACGAGUAAGCUUUAGCCUCUUGAUGAUCAUGUGUUUAAGGUUUUAAAACAGAAGUACCAUAAAAAAAAAAUGGUACAAUAGCAUACACAGAAAAUGGAAUCACUUACUGAUGAAGAAAUUUCCAAAAUCAAUGCUUUAGAUUUAAUUAAUUAUAUUUCAAUUACGUGGGAUGAGAUAAAUCCUGAAAUUAUUAAAAACUUUUUGAACAAAGCUUACUUUGGAAACGUCCUUUAUGAAAACGUUUUAAAUUCAGACGAACCCUGGGAAUUUGAAGAAGCUUUUCCAGAUUACACAAUAUCUAUUGGCAAUCAAUUGAUUAUGAGUGAGAAAUGAGCCUUGCUUUUGAAGCCGGAUUGCAGUUAACCAGAAAAACCAUAUGGUCCAAAGGAUGAUGAGCUAAUGGAAGAAUACUCUCCGCCACUUAUUUCAUUCACAAGUACUGUACAAUCAAUAUUUUCAUUGAGACAGACCUACUGCAACUUAUGAUUCAGAAAACAUGCUUCUAUAUUUAGGUUAGGUCUUGUAUCCCGUUUUAAACGCUUCAAGAACGUAUUAGGCGGCCUAUUAUUCCAUUACGCAUAAUACGCGGAUUUACAAUUUCGCCUUCAUGAGCUUCUUAACAAGGUUUUAUUGUCCUUCUAUAUAUAAUAACAUGAAAUUGUAUUUUAAAAUAUUUAUAAAAACUAUAUAAACUUAUCCAUAUAGUUUUUAUCAAAUUAUAUUCCUGAAUUUAUAAAAUCAAUAUUUUGUAUUGGU